AACCUAUUGGCAGUGAUGGCUCUACAGUGAACUACCUGCAAACAUUGAUAUUACGUCUGAUUUGCAUUUACGCGUGUUAUUUGUGGACGAGAGCCUAUUAACGUGUAUUCCAUCGGCAAUAUACAUAGCAUAGGUUCUGUGAUGAUUACUCUGCUGCCGUUCUGGACAAUACUAGCCAAUGGAUUAGCGGUGAUCCCUUACGUAAUGCUUCGCGUUUGUUGACACGUGACGGGCGGGAGUUAGAGGACGAUGGAAUGUUUCACGCAAGUUUGGAUAUUGUUCAUUAUUGCUCCAUGACAGUAUUCAUCAUACCGUGUUGGAGAUAUACGGAAUAUCGUACGGAUGGAUGGGUGAGUGGAUGGAUGGAGCGAUUGAUGAAUCAAUGGAUGGUUGCGUACAUUUAAUGGACAGGCAGGUUCUUGAAUGAUAGAAAGUCCUGCAAGCAUUUCCUGGCGAAACAAAUGCGAGUUUAUAGACUCUACCUACUGACUUAGACUCCACCUACCUAAAGAUGGCUUCACUGCUAGAUCAGUAUGAGCAAGCCACAGCAAGAGCAAGUUCUGCAGUGGCAUCAUCAAGGAGUGCAGCCACAGAGGCAACGUCUAGGGGAUUUGUCAAUGUCAAAACGCAGGAUGAUAUUCCGAUUUUUACUAAACAGAGAAUCAAUUUCAAGCCACGUGACUCUAUAUCACACCUGGUUGUGAGCAACACUAUGCUAGUGUUGGCCAUGAAAAGAAACAUGCUGCUGAGGAUAGAUCUAAAGCAACCAGAUUCCCCAGAGGAAAUUGAUAUCGGACGGCCUGAUGAUGACAAAAUACACAAGCUAUUCUUGGAUCCUACAGGUCAGCAUUUACUGAUCAGCAUGGAGCACUCUACUGAAGUACUAUAUUUGUCAAAGAACUCUAAGAAGGUUAGACAAGCAUCCAAGAUGAAAGGCAACGUGGUUUCAGCUGUAGGAUGGAAUCGCCGUAACACGCUAGACAGUGUGACAGGGCCAAUCCUUAUAGGCAGCAAAGAUGGCUUAUUGUUUGAGACAGAGCUGGCCUCUGGAGAUGAUAGAUAUCUGUUUCAGUCCAAUUUGGAGCAGUAUCUCCGGCAGCUUUACAACCUCGGUAAAGAGCGACCGGUCGCUGUCACUGGCUUAGAGUUUGACCUGAUGCCUAGUAGCUCGUUAACUGAGCACAAGUACUACAUCUUGGUGACGACGCCUGGCCGACUGUACCAGUUUAUUGGCACUGUGCCAAGCUCCUCGGAAGCACCCGUUCUCCUCGGUAUCUUCAGCUGCUAUGAGAUGAAUCCGGAGCGAUUUCUUGAACUACCAGGUAAUUUUGGCCACAGCCAAUUGAUGUUCUAUGCACCGAGAGAAGACGCGUCGCAACAGACCCCCGGUCCACCGAAAACCUUUUCCUGGAUGACCGGUCCGGGCGUCUACUAUGGCCAGGUGGACUACAGCGGUCACUCGGGCGCGGAUUCGGUGACCGUCGGCGCGAAGCUGCUGCCGUAUCCCGCGUCGAGCGUCGGGCACCCGCUCGCGAUCGCCGUCACGGAGUUCCACGUGCUCGUGCUGUAUGCCGACGCGCUGCGGGCGAUCAGCGUGCUCAACGAGCAGCUCGUCCUCGACGACGUCUUCGGCGACAAGUUUGGACGGCUGGUCGGCAUCGCGCAGGACCCGCUGCGCGGCGCCAUCUGGGCGUACACGGAGCACGCCGUCUUCAAGUACCGCGUCGUGCGCGAGGACCGCGACGCCUGGCGCGUCUACCUGCGCAUGGGCGACUUUGAGGCGGCGCGCGCGCGCAGCCGCGGUGACCCGGCGCACUACGACGCCGUGCUGACGGGCGAGGCGGAGAGCCUGUUCCAGCGCGGCGCGUACGCGGAGAGCGCGGCGCUGUACGCGGCGACGCGCGCGCCCUUCGAAGAGGUCACGUGCGUGCAUGCGUGA